AUGAUGGCCGCGCCUGCAUCCGAUCCAAAGUGGCUGCAUGAGGGUCAUCGCACCCCGCAGCCGGAGGCUGAGGCUCAGUACGAGCGAAUGACCCUCACCGCUGAAAUCGAAGAGGAUUUGCACCGCCGAGGUGCCUCCACCGAGAUGCUAGAGCUUCUCAAGGAGAUCGACGCUGACUUGCAGUUGCCAGCGGCGCCAGCAGGUCAACUUGGUGGAGAAAUCCGUGCAAAGGCACUGCGUUGCAUUUCCCACAUGCUGCAGGGGUGCAGCUCCGGUCAUUGCUCCUGGUUUCAGGCAGCGCUUCUUCUCGAUCGCCUCACGGCAAGCAACGACUACCGUUUGGAGCAGCUGCCACUGGCUUGUGUCUGCGUGGCAAGGCUUGUCAUAAAGUGCGCCUGCAGUGUGGCGACGCCCCUUACAAGCGAGAGCCCCCAGAUGCACAUGAUCAAGGAGUUUUCGACGUGGCUGGAGUCCACGCAGGACUGCUUAGCUUCGGAAGUGUCCAACCGAGCUCUCAACUUACAUGAGAAGACGGUCUUGAAGGCCCUGGAUUGGCAGGCAGAGGUUCCCUGCGUUGAGCAGUGGUGCCGUAUCUACUUCACUCGCUUCGGACGCCUGGCGGGCCGGGAGUACCAGGCUCCUCUUCAGCAGAUGCACGGCACGGCUUUGAUGUUCGCGCGAGCCGUGGUCAUGUGCGUUCCAGCCUCCGCCGAGUUGAGCCACGGCAAGCUGGCCACAGGACUCUUCAGCCUGAGCUUUGUGUACUCAAGCCUGCUUCCAAUGGCCCUCCUGAAGCCUGAGACGAUGGCAGAUGCAGAGUGGAGCGCGCUCUUCGCAGCGACCCAACCACGAGGUGAGCUACCGACAUGCCGGCUGCCAAAGCUUUUGACACUCGGUCGGCCCUUGGGACUGUUUGUUCUUAAGAGGAUCAUAUCACGGAAUCUUCUUCGGAGGGGUUUUAGGGACCCUAAACUCGAAACCCUAAACCCUAAGGGCCAUCCCAGGACGAUGAGGAUCAUGGACAUGAUCUGCCUGACCGUCAAAGAAGAGCUGGAUGUCAUCCGUGCCCAGGCAGCUCGCAUGCUGGAAGCCUUGGGCGAAACCUUUCAGCAAAUUCACUGCUUCCACGUACAAGGAGCUGGCAAUCGCUAG